AUGCUUCCUUUUAAUACUUCCCGUCCCUCUUCUAUGACGUUUUUGCUGUUGGGCAUCCCAGGACUAGAGCACCUCCAUGUCUGGGUUGGGAUCCCCUUCUGCUCCAUGUAUGUGGUAGCCGUGGCGGGGAACAUGACCAUCCUGGCAGUGGUGAGGGCAGAGCGAAGUCUCCAUGAGCCGAUGUUUCUCUUCCUGUGCAUGUUGUCGCUCACGGACCUGGUCCUCUCCACAUCGACGCUCCCCCGCAUGCUUUGUCUCUUCUGGCUCGGAGCCCAUGAAAUUGCCUUCGAUGCUUGCCUGACCCAGAUGUUCUUCAUCCACAGCUUUACCGCCAUGGAAUCGGGCUUCUUCCUGGCCAUGGCCAUUGACCGUUACGUGGCCAUCUGUGAUCCGCUGCGCCAUGCCACCAUUCUCACCCACACUCGCAUCGCCAAAAUGGGAGCUGCUGUGGUCCUCCGGGGCGUGGCUUUCUUUUCGCCACAUCCUAUUCUGCUGAGGCGAUUGCCCUACUGCAGAACGCGCAUCAUUGCUCACACUUACUGUGAGUUCAUGGCUGUGGUGAAACUGGCAUGUGUGGACACAGGGGCUACCAAGCGAUACAGCCUCAGUGUGGCCUCUGUCAUUGGUUGCUGUGAUGGCUUUUUUAUUGCUGUCUCUUAUGUCCUCAUUCUCCGUGCAGUCUUUCGUCUUCCGUCACGGGAAGCCAGCCUGAAAGCCCUGGGCACGUGCGGCUCUCACGUCUGCGUCAUCCUUGUUUUUUACUCCACAGCUGUCUUUACCUUCCUCACCCAUCGCUUUGGCCACAACGUGGCUCCCCAAAUACAUAUCUUCAUUGCCAAUAUGUAUCUUUUGGUCCCCCCCUUUUUGAAUCCUAUUGUUUAUGGGAUUAGGACCAAGAAAAUUCGAGACCAUGUACUUAGUUCCCUAAGGGUAAAAGUUGCCUGA